UGCCCCCGCGGCCGCAGCAUGGCGGGAGCGGCCCCCGGCUCCGGCGGGCGGCGGCGGCUGCGGGACGAUGGGCUGCGCACCUGCACCUCCGCCGAGCAGUCCAAGGUGGAGGACAUCGUGCAGGAGGUCUAUGAUGCCUACAAGACAAACCAUCACUCCUCACAGUACGUCCUGCAGCGGGAGAAGCACUUCCAUUACCUGAAGAGAGGUCUUCGGCAGCUCACUGAAGCCUAUGAGUGUCUGGAUGCCAGCCGCCCCUGGCUCUGCUACUGGAUCCUGCACAGCCUGGAGCUGCUGGAUGAGCCCAUUCCCGAUUCGGUGGCCUCUGAUGUCUGCCAAUUCCUGAGGCGGUGCCAGAGCCCCCAGGGUGGAUUUGGGGGGGGUCCCGGCCAACACCCCCACCUCGCCCCCACCUACGCCGCCGUCAACGCGCUCUGCAUCAUCGGCACCGAGGAGGCCUUCGGCGUCAUCGACAGGAAGAAGCUCUUGGAAUACCUGCACUCGCUGAAGCAGCCGGAUGGCUCCUUCCUCAUGCACGUGGGUGGAGAGGUGGAUGUCAGGAGCGCCUACUGUGCCGCCUCAGUGGCCUCGCUGACCAACAUCCUGACGCCCGCGCUCUUUGCUGGCACGGCCGAGUGGAUUGCCAGGUGCCAGAACUGGGAGGGUGGGAUCGGCGGCGUGCCGGGCAUGGAGGCGCACGGUGGCUACACUUUCUGUGGCGUGGCCGCGCUGGUCAUCCUCAAGCAGGAACAUCUGCUGAACCUCCGGAGCCUGCUGCACUGGGUGACCGGGCGGCAGAUGCGCUUUGAGGGCGGAUUUCAGGGCCGCUGCAACAAGCUGGUGGAUGGGUGCUACUCCUUUUGGCAAGCCGGGCUCCUGCCCCUGCUCCAUCGGGCACUCCAUGCCAGGGGUGAUCCAGCGCUGAGCAUGGCACACUGGAUGUUCGACCAGCUGGCACUGCAGGAAUAUAUUCUCCUGUGCUGCCAGUGCCCAGCUGGCGGGCUGCUGGAUAAGCCAGGAAAAUCCCGGGAUUUCUACCACACCUGCUACUGCCUGAGUGGGUUGGCCAUUGCACAGCACUUUGGAAGCGGAGACCUCCACAAUGAGGUGGUCCUGGGUAUCCCUGAGAAUUGCCUGCAGGCCACGCACCCUGUCUACAACAUUGCCCCGGAGAAGGUGGCGAGGGCGGUGAUGCACUUCCUGCAGUAUCCCGUGCCCAGCCUGGAUCCAGCACCCGCUGCCGAGUAGGGGGGUCCUGCUGCUGGCUCGGGGUGCCGAGCCCCGGGAGCGAGCGGCACAGCCCAUCCCCGCGGCGGCCUGGCCAGGCAGAGCACGGUGCUCAGGGUGCUAGCAAUACCAAAAUCCAGCCUGCUCCAGGCCUGGUGUCCUGCUGCCAUCCUGGCCAGAGCCGAGGUGGGACACGGGCUCUGGCAGAGCUUUUUGGCAUCAAUAAACCAGAAGUCACACCCGCCGUGUGCUGGUGGCCCCGGGGAUGUGGGGCAGGAGGUGAUGCCAUGUCUGGAUCCAGUGGCACCAACUUCCCCCACUCCAAGAACACACGGUAACCACAGGGAAGGAUAAAAUAAGUGGAAUUUUG